GUAAAACACGGAGCGGAGCAAUUCAAUAGGGCCAUCGUUUAUUGAACAGGGGUGCGGAAUGGAGUUAUUGAACAGGAACCUGUGAUAUUGAAUGGACUUAACGGAAUAGAAUUAUUGAACGGAAGGUGGCAAUUUCUUACACUGCUAAAACGUGGGAUGGAGUUUUACUCAGAUCACGCGCCACCAAGCACCAAAGAAAGCCAAGAAGAAGGCUGCCGAGGGCAACUCUAACGUGUUCAGCAUGUUUGAGCAGGCUCAGAUCCAGGAGUUCAAGGAGGCCUUCACCAUCAUGGACCAGAACAGAGAUGGCGUCAUUGACAAGAAUGACCUGAGGGACACCUAUGCAGCUCUCGGCCGUGUGAAUGUGGGCAAUGACGAACUGGACGAGAUGGUGAAGGAGGCCCCGGGACCCAUCAACUUCACCAUCUUCCUCACUAUGUUUGGAGAGAAGUUAAAAGGCACAGAUCCAGAGGAGACCAUUCUGAAUGCAUUUAAGAUCUUUGACCCAGAGGGUACAGGCAUUCUCAAAGGAGACGAAAUCAAGCUUCACCUGAUGUCUCAAGCGGACAAGUUCACAGAAGAUGAGGUAAAUCAAAUGUUCCAAAAUUUCCCUCUGGAUGUCGCUGGAAACCUAGACUACAAGAACCUGUGUUACGUCAUCACCCAUGGAGAAGACAAGGAGCAAGAGUAACCCCCCCACCCCCUGCAUCAUCACCACCCCUUACCCUCCAC